CUCAGGUCUGAGUCUUGGGAGCCAACUCGCCUGGCUACAGCAGCUCGGACAGGGCGGCUCUGUGGGGUGGGAACCCGCGCGCCUCCCUCUGUGCACAGCCCCUCCCACCCAAGGUCUCUCUUUCCUUUUCCUUGACUUCGGGGCGACGCAUGGAUACCCGGCUUGUCGGCCCCGCAGGGGCCCUCCGAUCCCCGAAGCACCUGUGGGGGCAGCCACGGUGCCCGAUCCGCAUCCAGCGUCGCUUCCACUCGGACCCGGAGCGCAGAGAGCGGCCUGGGCUCGUGAAGUCCGGGCGCUCGUGGCCCAGUUCCUUCCACCGCCGCUUUGACCUGGAAAAUGGGCUCCCGAGCGGCAGGGGGCCCCUGGACCCCCCGCCCGGGCCGGGUCUCGGUCGCGCCCUCCAGCCUCCUGCCCAGCACGGCCAGCGGCGCGAGUCCUUCCUGUACCGCUCGGACAGCGACCACGAGUCUCCCAAGGCUGUGUCCCGGACCUCCUCGGUGGCCAGCGACCUACACGGAGAAGACAUGAUCGUCACGCCCUUCGCCCAGGUCCUGGCCAGUCUCAGGACGGUCCGCAGCAACGUGGCCGCCCUCGCGCACGGCCCGGGCAGCACCACCAGGUACAGGGAGGGGCGGGGCGGGACGGGGCCUGGGGUGCAGGAGUGGUGGCCCCUCUGA